AUGGCGGUGAUAGCCGAGUCGAGAAAGGUAGGAAACUAAUCCAGUAUUUUUUAAGAGCAAAAAUGACCAUCUGCUAAAUUUAAUCCGUGCUUACUUUGAAACAUUCUUUAAGGAACGUGCAUGUGCAAAUAUUUUGCAUGUUUUAGUUCAGUAAAGUAAUUUAAAAUUUAAAUUAGGUUAACACUUUAUUGUAAAUGCUUGACCUGUCAUUGUUGUGAACACUGUUGUGAAGCAGACUAUUUAAUUAUUUACUGUAUAUUUAAUUUUUGCGAAUACAGGUUAUAGUACAACUUGGGGAAAGACGCAAAGUAUUUAGUAUAGAGGCUGCUGACUUUAGAACACUUCAGGAAGCAAACGAAUAUGUAAAAGGUCAAUUUGACUUGCCGAAAAGUGAACAAAUAUAUUUACAAAGAUUUGACAAGGACUGGAAUGAGUACAUUGAUAUCAGUCAGAUCGAAGAUGUUAAAGACAAAGACAAGUUACUUGUGCUUGUGGUAAAAGAUAAAAAGGGGGCAAAUCAGGAAAAUACCAUAAAGGUAUUUGUUUUUUAUCAUAACAUUUUAUAUGUAUCAUGUAAUUUAUACUGUACAUACAGGGACCGUGGAGAUCUGAUCUGAGCCUCGGAAAGGCAAUCAGUAAAGAUAUUUUUCGGGGGAAAAUUCUCCCUGUAAGUUACCAGAAUUCGCCCCUGGGCCUCCAUGCUCUGCAUCCCUGAUAUAUCAUAUAAGAGAUAUUUGCAGUAUGAAUGCAAUGCUGUAUAUUUGUUUACUUUCAAUACAUAAUAACCCUUUACGGUUUACAAUAAAAUGGGCUCUAGUGUCCAUCCCUUGUAGUGGGGUAAUCCUUGUGCACACACCUAUAAAAAUAUAGCAAAAAUAUAUAUAUAUAUAUAAGGUAUAUAUAUUUAUGUUUUUCUUUAAGGGUAAUACCUGUAGCAAUAACUCUAGGAAGGAUGAUCAAAGACCAGGUAUAGUGUAUAUAAGUGCACAUGAAAUUUUACAUAUUAUCUUUUAUGUUCAAUUUUUCAAAGUCCUGUUUUUUUAAUAAGACUUUGCCAUUAACAUCAAGGAUUAACAACAGCUGUUUGCUUAGCCAAUAUUAAUAUUGUUCUUAUGGCACAGAUGGUGAAAGCAAGCUAGUAAAGAACUUUAAAAGACAGAGAACUUUGAUUCAACUUGGUUCUGGGUCACUGGCUCUUGGGGAAGCUGUUGAUGUGAGUUUUUCAAGUUUAGUUUGAGAUUUUAUACAUCUUCUACAAAUGUAAUUGAUUGAGAAUGUUUAAACAAAACAAAACAUAAUCUGAAGAUUACCAUCAUAUAUCCCAAGAUAUCGAUUAAAUUAAAACAAGAGGGAAAUGAGUUUGAGAUAUUUUGAUUUUAUUGCAAUAUUAUCAUCAAAACUCGAAAGUCACAAUGAAAUAUCAAAAACUCAUUUCCAUCUUGUUAUAAUUCAUGUUUGGGUGUAAUUCAAGAUGCCAAUUACUGUAUGUUUUGUAUUUUUUGAAAAUGGCAGCUGGUUUUGGUUUUUGUGUCUAGCCUGUAUGUCGGGAUGUUCCCUACUUGAGGGUGUUGGAAUCGGGUGUGUGAUAAAGCAUUUAUUUGGAAAUUGUCGUCAUGUUGAGCAUUCAGCGAUUCCUUAAGCUCUUCUGCCAGAACUUUGUUAGUCAAAAUUUGUUUCGAAUUUGCAUGGGCUAGACACAUUGUUACCUACUCGAGGAUGUGGGAACCUGAACCUCAUACAGUUUGUAUGAUAACGCAUACAAACUGUAACACAUCUGUGCACAAACUAUUUGUAUGAUUCCAGGCUAGUGUUUAAGCACUUUGUUUCUGGCGGCCCUGUCAGCAAUUUUAUCUUCAAACCCGUUCAUACUUUUAUAAGUAAAUUGAGAUUCAUGUGACCUUGAUUUUAGUGCAAGUUGUCUAUUGAUGUUAAUUUCAAGGAAUAGAUAACGGUUGCUAUACAUGUAUACAUAUGGAUGAUACAUGCGGUUGUAUUCGUUUUAGGAGGAAUCACAAUGUGAGAUGCAAAAAUGUGUCCAAAUUGAUCUUACAAAUCUUGAACAAGAUAGCAAAAUCUUUGGAAAAGAUGCUGGUGAUACAAAAUUAACUGAAUACCAAAAAGCAGUUAACAAAGCUAGUAGAGAAUUAGUUGAAAAAAAUUAUGCGCUAGGAAAGAAUCGUGGUGAGUUAUUUACUCUGGCAAGAAAGAAGGUGAAUGAUGAAGGCUAUCCUUACUCAAAAAAGAUAUCACGUUCGGCUGCAUUUGGUGUUGGUGCUACUCCAUCCAAGCCAAAACGAAAGUAUAUGCAAAGCAGUUUGAGAGAAGAGCAUAUCAAGAGUGUAUCAAGUGCUAUUCAUUCACACGAUGAAACAAUUGAUCUCUUGCAGAAACAAAAGCAGAAGUACUCAAGCGUAGAGAAAUAUUUAGAGGCUGCUGAGAUUAAUAAAUCGAUCUUGGAAAUGGUGGAGCAGAAGCAGUUGAAAGUGAAAGAGUUGGAAAUGUUGAAUAAAGCCGAAACCAGAUCGAAGAAAACAAAGAAGAAGAAAGUCAGGAAGGAAACAGGCAGCGAUUCGACAAGUACUAUCAAAGGCUGGUUGACAAAAGAAAGCAGUUCUAACAGUGGAGAUGAAACAGAAAUUCUAUCAGAAAAUGAAGUGCAGGUAUUAAGUCAGGCAGAAAUUCAAGCAAGAAAAGAAAAGUUCUACAGUUAUCAUCCAAGUGAUUCAGAAAGUGAGCAGAACGAACUAGCAUCCACUCAAGUGCAACCCCCAGGUAAAAAAGUAAGUGAGGAAUCUCCUGAGAUUAAUUUUUUCUAAGUGCGCCCGCCUCCACUGAGUUGAACAGUGACCAAUCGUUGAGUUCUGAGUUCAUUUUCCAAAGAUACUUAAAGUAUGUUGGACAAAAUUUGACUGAUGGUGUUCAAGUAGACGGAAUUUAUAAAUCUCAUUUACGAGAUAUUUCAAUUGUUGAGUUUCAAGUUGCAAGAACCAUAUACUGUAAAAGAAAGCAUGGAUGUCUGGCACUUUGCAAGACAUGUUUGCCUUUGGUUGAAGCUGCCAAACUUGUUGAAAGUAGUGGUGUUAUUCCUCUUAAAGUUUUGUUUUGUUCUCAGUUUCAAUCGAAAGGGUAUAAGACCGAUAAAGCAAUUCGUCGAUUUAUGCAGUUACCUGUUGUAAUAUUGAAAGUCAAAGGUACAUUGCACGUUUUAGAGUAUAGUUCUAACACAGAUUAUGAAAGACUUCAGGAACUUAUUGAGAAAUUAAUUCCUGAACAGAAAUUGUCAUUGGGCUUGAAUAGAGAAGCACUAAAGGCAUUAUGUGAACUUGCAAGUACAGAAGCGGACAGAAAAUUGAUAAGGGUAGCAACUACAGCUGGAAUGUCAGCAUCACAAGCACAAUCAACAUAUGGUAUUAGUAAUUUGCAUAAAGAAAGAGAUAAAGUUGCACAAGCGGUUAAAGAGUAUACUGCAAUACGAAAUACCGUAGACGAACUAGUAAGGGCAAAAGAGAAAGCUGUCCUCGACUCGUUUGGGGUUACUGAAGCUAGUGAUUCGGAAGAGGAAAUAUUAGAUAGUGACAGUGAUACUGAUGAUGUGUCCAAUGGAAAUGGAAAGAAAAACUCUGAUGCUGAAGGAAGUGAAAUUGAAAGGAUGGACGCAAGUUCAUGUGAAUGUGACGGUCCUAUUGAAAUAGAUCCAGAUUUUGUUAAAGAGAACGCCAAUAUAAAUUUCGUGCAAUCGCAAGAACAUUGGCUGAUAAUUUUGCGUGAAAAUGUGUAUAACUGGUUUUCAUUUAUAGCAGAACUCGAAAUUCUUUACCCUGACUUAACGAAAGAAGGUCUUGAACAGAUGCUACAUGCCUUUGUUCACUUCUUGUCAGACAGUGAUCUCAACACAGAAGAAACCACACUUUGGCGACAAUCUCGUCAAGCAUAUUUAACAGCUAGAUCUCAAACAAUUUCAGAGGAACAGCACAGGGUUGGUGGGGUGUGGACCGACUCUGAGAGUGAUGAUCCCGAAGACUGGGUUGAACUGACAACACGUGGCAGCUUACACAGUAAGUCCUUUCAAGAACAGAUAAAGAAGAAGAAGGCUGCUUUUGCUAGGUUGAAGAAAAGGAUGAUUGCUAAGGAAGUUACGAAAAGCUCUGCUGAAACGAAAGGUCCCAAAAUCCGUAAAUAAGACACUUCGUAAGUUCCCAAAUAUUGGCAAGGACAUUGAGGCUUUUGCAAAAGAAAAUCGGAUUGGAGCUGAUGCAUGGCGCCGUACUGGAGUAUUGACCUUCAGUGGAAACCUGAAAAGGGGACCGAAGAUUACGUAUAAUCGUAUUAAGCAGCAUCUAGAAAAAAAGUACUGCACAAAGAUAGGGUAUGGGACUAUUGUACAGUUGUGCCUUGUUCACAAUAAAAGGAGGCUAUCGGCACGAAGGUACUGGGGUAUUGCAGGGCUUAAGUCACGUCGAGCAAGAAAAGGGUUUAAUGUGCGUUUGAACAUCGAUGCGCAUUGGAGUUGUGCCUUCUACAAAUGUCUUGAUUAUAUCCAACUAAAGGAUGGAGAAGACAAAGUGCUAUUGAAUAGAGAUGAUGCUGCUGGGUUCAGGCUCGAUACAACUUAUACCCACAAACAGCACAAGAUCCUGGCAGAAGCAAGUAAUCCUGAAUUGACAACCAGAACAGAUUAUGUGAAUAAAUACGCAUCCGUUCUCCAGACAACGUCAUAUUUAUUCAUGGGGACAGAGAACACAGCAGAGACGUGUGUUGGUGUUGUCAAAGCACACCAGGUGUUUCCUAAAAACCCAGCCCAACAUGCUGCAGAUUUUGAAAGUUUGCAUGACCAUCCAAGUAUACAGCCUCUUUUGCAGCACAAGAAUGUAGAUUGCAUUAGGGUUGAUGGUGCGGGUGAUGAGGGCCCAUCGCACUUUGAAGUGCAAUUCAUGUGGACAGAAUGGCACUUCAAAAUGGCGAAGGUUUGUACAGUUGUAACUUCGAGGUUCAGUGGAGGAAGCUAUUUAAACCGAGUUGAAUUGUUAAAUGGAUGCCUUGCUGUUGGCCAUUCAAACGUGUUCAUACCAUCAACGAUUCUUGGUUCAAAUCGUGGCACUGAUGGAACUGACAACGUAAAAUUGCAAGCAAAUCUCGACACUGCUGCUGAUGUUUACAUAAAUACAGUGGCUGCCGGUGAUCCUAUUUUUUUAGUCAAGGGUGCUAAAAAUGAAGUCUCCAAAAGAUACUUAGAAAGAAGAGAUCAUCUACUCACAUUUCUUCAAGGUUCAGCAAAAAAGCAGUCAGCAUUUAAAAAAGAAUUUCCAGAGGAGUAUGCCUACUUUUCCAAGGUGUGGACCAUUCGAAACAAUCACAUAAUUAAGAAUCCCCCAGAAAACUAUGUAUUUAUGUUAUGCACUUGUUAUCAGAAAAAUUGUCCACAUCCAGUUUGCGUGAAUGGAAAGCCAAAUUCACAACCUGUUUGGUUUAAAGAUGGACCGCCGUUGACAUACGUUCCUCUUCCAAUACCAGAUCCCAAAAGGAAGUGGGGGUCUAAGUGCGAUACAUGUGUUGGUGCUUGCUCCGGCUAUUAUCUAAGCCCGGAGGAUAACAUAAAAUGGGUGAUAGAGCACGGCGGUGAAAGCUGUAUCCAACCUCCCCGAAAAGUGAUAGGUGAAUAUUUCAAGAAACCAAAUGUAGUUAUCACAGACGAUACGAUAAAACUUCUGGCAGAAAAGACCUUACUCAGCGAAGCAGACGUUAAAAUGUGGAUCGAUCAUCUUGAAACAAUAAAGAUCAGAAGAAAGGAAGGUGCGAGGAAAGCUGUCGAAACGAAAAGGAAAAAGAUGGCUGAAAAGAAUAAAGGUAUACAGGUCUUUCUGCUUUAUCAAGUACAACUAGUGUAGGAAUACAUGAUUUUAAAUUAGUUCAAUAUGCCUUCUUUCAUGUCUUUAUGUUAAAUGCAUUCUGUACUUCUAGGAAUGGCGGUUGAAAAUGCUAAAGUUGCAGAAUUACACUGUAUUUGCAAGCAGCCAGACGAUGGAAGGUACCAUUACAAUUUGUUAAGAUUUGCUAAUAUUAGCAUGCACUUAUUAAGGUUCGAAUUUCCUUUUCUUAUAUUUUUGUAGAUUUAUGAUUUGUUGUGACAGCUGUGACACAUGGUUUCAUGGUGAUUGCAUCGAUCUUUGCGAGGAACAGGGAGAACUACUAGAAGAUUUCUAUUGCGACGCUUGUCUGGUGGCUUCAUAA